AUGUCAGUUUAUGUAUUUUUCUUUCAGAUGUGGCCAUGUCCUGGGCAGUAUGUGAAAGCAAUAUAUGACUUUGAGAGCAGUUACCCAAGUGAACUGAACUUGAGGAAAGGUGACAUUGUUCUGGUGACCACUGUGGUUAAUGAGAAUUGGCUAUGUGGCAAAUUAGGCAAUCAGGAAGGCAACUUCCCAGUGAGCUUUGUUGGGAAGUUAGUCCUUCCAUCCAUCCAAAAAGGCCAAAAGGUCUUUGCAGCCAUCGAGAACUUCCAUGCUCAAGAAGAAGGAGACUUGGAUUUCUGCCGAGGUGAUGUUAUUGUUGGUGUCUGUGCUCGGGAUAGCAACUGGUGGUGUGGCUCCCUAGCAGGCAAAAACUCAAAUGGUAUUUUCCCUUUGACCCAUGUGUUUGAACUAAACCACAAAAGUGAUGCAAUUCAGUCAAAGACUUCUAGUGUGGAGGGUCAGGUUGUGCGAGCGCUGGUGGAUUCCACCCCCCAGCUGGAUGAGGAACUUGGAUUCAAAGCUGGGGACCACAUCACAAUUAUUGAAGUGGUCGAUGAUGAUUGGUACAUUGGGGAAUGCCGUGGAAAGCAGGGAAUGUUUCUCACUUCCUGUGUUGAGUUUCUCGACCCUACCCUUAAAAGCCUCAACACCACAAAAAUCUCCUCUGCAAGUCUUUCUCGGACUACCGCUGCCACAGCUGCCACGUCUUUCAAUCUAUCUCGGACUUCGCACACAUACAACAGCGAGAAUACGCGAUCAUAUGACACUUCUGUGACCCCCUAUGCAAGAACUUUGUACCCAUUCAAAGCACAGGCAGGAAAUGAGCUCACCUUCAAUGCAAAUGAAAUCGUGUUACUGUUGUGCCAUGUGGACAGUCAGUGGAUAAAGGGGGAACUGGAUGGGAAAACUGGUAUUUUUCCAUCCAGUUAUGUGGACAUCAUUGUUGACUGUCCUCAUUUAGAGGCAGACAUUUCCAAUGUGUCCACUUGUUCUAGUAUUGCAGAAGAAGCUGCUGCCCCCCUUGCCACCGACAGUGUACAGGAAGAAUAUUAUGGUUUAGUCAAAUACAACUUUAAGGCUGAGACAAGUGGUGACCUCAACUUGAAAGAAGGAGACACAAUAAUAAUACUGCAGCAAGUGGACAUGAAUUGGUUCCUGGCCAAAAAUGAUGACAAUGAAAUUGGUCAUUGUCCUGUGAACCAUAUUGAUGUUAUAGGGUCUGAGCCAAAAUUUUUAUCAGCUGAAUCUUCAUUUAGUAACACAGAGGUGAGUGGGAGUAAUGUGCUUAAUGAUGCUAAAACAAAACCUGAAUGUUCUAGCCUUUAUUCUAAUGCUGAGAAGGGUAAUGGCUACCAAGAUAAAGAAAAUAACAACAUCUAUAGCAACCAAUCAAAGGAAACAAGUUGCUCAGUGUUACCAGCAGCCAGCAAACCUUCACCUCAACUUAAGCCCAUCCUUAAACCAAAACCCGUGGUUGUGCCGAAGCCUUCAUUCUCCACUUCCCCUUCUAACUCUUUGAACAGGCCUCCCCGACCCCACAGUAUCAGUGGAACUUCAAAUUUUGAUACACAUGGCUUGAACUCUUUAAUUGAGAAUGAAAUACAGAAAGAACACCGGAAAUCUUACUCUCCAAUUCUGGAUCGUAAUGAGAACAUGGAUUAUGGUGGAUCAUCCGGCCGGCAGGUGAAGUUAAACAUCAACGACCAGAUGGUUUACUUUGGGGACAAAACCAGUGCCUCUUCAUCCGCCUCACCCCUUGUAUCUGCUCUCUCAACAUCCCCACAAAGCCGGAAAGCCAAACGAGUCUCUUUGGAAGGUCUCCCUAAUCUUCCAGAAAGCCAGGACAAACCUAGCUCUAAACCUGUCCCUAUCCGUCGACCUCCACCUCCCCCACAGCGUAGUUAUUCUUUUGGUGCUAACACAGGUGCUCUGAAUGAUAAACGAUCUUCCCUGCGUAAGUCGGCCCCUCCAAGGCCUUCUGGUUCCCGCCCGUCCCCCUCCAAUGGGACAUCACAUGCCUCUAAUGGGAAGGUUGUCCAUCGAAAGGUUUCUGAUCGUAUGAUUCCCUCCAGGCCAGCACCAGCACGCCCCCCACCCCGGUCAGCACCGUCAAGUAAGCGGAAAUCCCAAGACACUUCAGAUCUCAUUACCUUCAGCCCUAAUUCUUCGAUCACAGGUACAAGUGAUGAUCCUUGUGCACGUCUGGCUGACUUAAACAUUAGCAUUAUUGAAAUAGAACAUUCUUUGGAGAAAUGUCAAUCUUCUCGUUCCAAACUGCUAAGUGAAAUGGUGGGCGCCAAUGAUGAGAAACGGCAAAAACUGCAAGAAGAAGUAGAGAAUGUCAAUGCAGAGACAACAAGGCUUCAAGAGCAACACCAGAAUCUCAAAGCCCAACUCAGGCAGCUGCGAGGGGAGGAACCUGUGGUAGAGAAAGUGCAAGAUGAGAUAGAAGCAAAGAAGCACAAAGAACAAGAGGAGAAGAAAAAAGCUCAGGAGAAAAAGCGAAUGCAAGAAAUCCGACAGAAGAUGAAAGAAAAAAGAGAAAAUGUCAUCCAGGAAUUGUUGGGUACUGAACAUGAUUUCCAUUAUGAUCUACAAUUGUGCAUUGGAUACUUCCUCAGUCCGUCAGUUGAGAAGAUACCAGGUGUUGAUCUGGAGGUAAUGUUUGGCAAUAUUGAAGAAAUUUGUGAAAUUUCUUCAAAGCUUCUUCGCAGUAUGGAAUUAGCAGCCAAAUCUGAUUUUGACAAUCAACUUCUAGGUCCAUGUUUUGUUCAUUUGGCUGAGGAAAUGAAACAAGCUUAUGGUCCUUACUGCAAGAACCAUGAUGAUGUGAUUAUGUUGUUGGAGAAGUAUGAAGACAAUCCCCAAAUCAAAGAAUAUUUUGAACAAAGAUUACAAUGCAUGCGCCAGUUGACAAACACAACAGAUGAUGAACAUCCUGACAAGAAAGAAAUUCAAAUUGCUAUUGAUUCCAUGACAGAUGUUGCGAAAUCAAUUAAUGAAUACAAAAGGAGGAAAGAUCUAGUUUUCAAAUAUAAAAAGGACAGUGAUGAGACAAUUGGAGAGAAAUUUGCUAAGCUCAAUUUCCAUUCAAUCAAAAAGAAAUCAACCCGCAUGAAGGGUCGCCUCUCCAAUAACUUGGGCAUCAGUCUACAAACAAAAGAUGAGCAGUUUGAGAAAAUUGAGAUUCAGUUCCGUAGCAUAGAAAAAGUGAUCAAGGUCUUCUUGCGAGAUGUAGACACAUAUCUGAAACAAUUAGAUGAAUAUGUCAUCUGCUGGGAGAACCUGUGUGCUGAUAUUGUUGCUAUCUACAAUGAUGCUCAGUCUGAAGAACUGAAAUGUUAUAUGGAAGCCACCAACCUCAUCUGUACUCAGUAUUAUCCAGAGUUUAAAAGCACAGUAGAGACUUUGGUCAUAUCUCCACUCAACCAGCUUCAAUCACUGUUUCUUGGCCCAAAUAAAGUUAUUCAGAAGCGUUUUGACAAACUGCUCGAUUACGACAGUCUUGCUCGUAAAUCCAAAAUUGAUAAGGCCAAUGAGGUCCAUGCUGCACAAUGUGAUUAUGAAGCUCUGAAUGCCCAAUUGUUGGAUGAACUUCCUUUGCUGUGUCAAUUUGCCCAGCAACUGUUCAAAGACUGUAUUUGUUGCUAUAAUAGAUCUCAGGGAAACUUCUAUGACAACAUUGUUAAAAAGAUGUAUACUCUGCUAACACUGCCUUUCCUGAUGUCUAUGCCUGACAAUAUUCUUGAUUCUUUCCAAGUGUUACACAGUAAUGCUGUUGAUAUGCUUAGUAAUCUGGGUUUUAUCCCUCGGGGCUUUGGACCAAAAGUGAUGGACAACAAACCAGAAAGAAAAUUGUCCCGCCAAUUUCGUAUCACUCAGUCAGAACAGCCUGAUACACUGAGUCCACUUCGUUUUGUAUCUGGUCUCCUUGAAUCCUUGGACAUAAACUUGAAUGCAGAGAGCCCAGAGGACUCGCCACGCAAAUCUCCAAGUCCAACCUCUAUAUUUUAUGUGGAGACACCAGUUAAUCAGUUUCAGGAAGCAAGCCACAAAGCAGAUGUCCUUCAGAAGUACCAAGGUGAUAAGCUUUAUUUAGUUGUCACUCAAUACAAUGGCAGUGACAAUAUGGAAAUAAGUGUGAAUGUUGGGGAUGUUGUUGGGGUCAUUAAGGAACAAGAUCCAAUGGGAAACAAAGAAAAAUGGUUUGUGGACAAUGGAGCUGCCAAGGGUUUUAUACCAAAGUCAGUUCUCAGUGCCUACAAACACGAUGGCAAAAAGACAGACACAACAACCAUAGUGGAUGAUAGUGAUACUGAUGAACAACACAUUUAUGCCGAGAUUAUUGACAAAACUGAUUGCCUGAUGUACCCUGUUGAGAAAAGCAUCAAAGAAGAAUGGCCACAUGUCUAUGAACAAACUGUUGAACCAGACACUCAACAAGGGCUUCCUGCUCCUACAGAUGAGUUGUAUAUUGCUGAAUAUCCCUUCAGUUCUGGUGGUCAGAACCAAGUAUCAUUGUUUGAGGGUCAAGUGGUCACUGUUCUGGCCAAACAAGACAUGGAAGCUAACACUGAAUGGUGGAUGGUCGAUGCAGAUGGAGAGGUCGGCUAUGCUCCAGCAGCCUACCUAACAAAAAUUGAUGCUACCCCAACGUGA